UUUGUCUCACACGUGUGACAUUCAAACCAAAGAACUUCUUCAAUCUGUAAAGACGUACAUCUAAUAUUUCAGUUGAUCUUACAAUAACAGCCCCACCCGAUCGAAUAUAGAAAAUCUUUGUUUAUAGGUCAGUUCAGCGAACUUUACGCACGCUGAAAGUGUCUAAAAAUAUUUAACUGACUAACACGGAAUGCUUCAACUGUCCUGAAUUUCCUGUCGGGUCAAAUUAGUGUUCGUCUGGCUCUCGAGUGAGUGUGCAGGAAUUUUUUUGUUGACCGUGGAAAUGACGCGCGGACCGACAAUAGUUCGGGUGGCUCCCGGCUCGGGGGGUCGAGGAAUCAAGUGCUGUUGUUGCAGAUGCUGUGAAUGUAUCAAUUUCGGAUACUUGACUUCACAGCAUGGCAUUAUAAAAGUGGCUGAAGCUCUACUCGGCGGACUAUGUCAAAGUCUCCUGGUGAAGUACGGUCUCCCGGAAGCUAGCAGCAUGGGUUCAGCGUUUCACGGGUUCCUCACAACAGCGUCAGCAUGUCUCCUCACUACAUCUCUUCUUAUCGCUUGCUAUGUGCUCUCAUCAAAUUCCCAGCAUCUUAUUCGACAGUCAAUAUUUGAAUGUAUGUUCAACUCGGUGGCGUGUUUCAUGUAUCUAUCGGCGUCGUCGUACAUGGGCGUCGCUGUCAACUUGUACUUGUAUCCAAGAUACGCUCUUGUCAACAUGUACGCUGCCUACCCCGCCAUGACAGCCGUUUAUUAUAUUGGCGUCGUGGUUGGGAUAGUACACGGUGUUGAUGCCUAUAUAUCCUACAAAUACUUCAAGGGAAUCCGGUGACUGAUGCCACUAUCCUACAGGAAAAAAUUUAUAAACGAACCUAAAAGCCUAAACACAUGGUCGGAUUUGGUAUGGCCGGACCAUCUGACGGUACGGUUGGCGCCUCGCACCAAUUGUUCUAUCGUACUUGGUACGCUCCUGGCGGUAAUAAUAAUAAUUUUGUGCGAUGGACAAAUACCACACAAUCGAAUAUGGUACCAAAUCCGAUCAUGUAUUUAGGCCUUAACUAUAACACAAUGUUUCAAAAUAAUCUGCCCGAUAUAUUUGAUCUAAUAAUUAUUGUGUAUUGUCAACUUGAUUAUUGAUAUUUUUAUAACAUUUCCUGCGCUUUCCAAUAUUUUCAUAAAUAUUAAUAACAAACUGUAACUGUUUGGUAAAAUCAUCGUUUUUGUUUAAAUAUUAUUAUAUUUAUUUAUUUGAUUGGGGAUUACUUCAUUGAUGCCCGGUUUCUGAAGCUCUCUGAUAAACUUUUAUUAGCUAUUGGUCCGUUAAAGUUAUGUAUAUGAUAAGCGUCGGUUAACUGUCACUUCGUUUCUGAAUACCGAUCGCAUCGAUCAAUAGUUAUGCAAUCGAUAACUGGUUCCUUAUUGUGCCACUAGAGGGCUCUGUUUUAAAUGGUAAGUUUAAAUUAAUAAUAUUCAUUUAAAUUCAUCAUUAAUUCAUAAUUUAGUUUUUAGUACAAUAUUAUUUUCUUUAAUGAUAAAUAAGUGCUUUUAUAAUAAAUUGGAAACAUAAUAAUACUUUUUAUUUAUCAGUGGCUGUAUGUACAAUAGCGUUGGGUGUUAAUUUAAGAAAAAAGAUGUCAAUAUGAAACUAUUGUUUUCGAAAUUCAAUUGUUUUCGUUUCGUUAUUCGUAUUUCGAACUUAGUAGUGUGCAUUUCGUUUAACAUUCAAUAUAAUAUUUUGUUUCUUGUUUUUUUUUCUGUAAUUAAAAGAUGGAAUCCAUCAAACGUAGCAAAAACUUCACCGAAAGAGAGAAGGUGCUUCUCAUCGAAGUAGCCAAAGAAUUUCUAUUCAUUAUUGACAACAAAAAGACGGACGGCACUACCGUGCAGGCCAAUCGUGAAAUUUUAAAAAAUUGUGGUUUAACAUCCCUAGUAUCUUCAUAAUUUGGCAUACUUAUAUAAAUCCUACCCAGCUUAGCUAUUUCCUUGCUUACUUUAUGAAAUCAUCACCAAUUACUACUUGGAAAGUACCUGUAGCAUAAAAUCAGAUGAUGAAAUAAGAUGAAUAUUUGUUCUAAAACAGAUAAUGUGUAUUGGCGGUACAUAACGGGAGCUAGAACAGGGCUAAUCACAUUACUAAUAUGAAGCACAGUAUUCUUAUCAAAGCGAUACCUUAAUUUAAAUUCUUGUUCCGUAUGCAUUUCAAAAGGAUUCCUCCUACGUCUUAAGUUUCUUGGUACAGAUAUAUUAGAAAUAAACUCCAGUAAUUCCAAAUCAGAUUCUGAGGAACUACUCGGAAAAACCAUUAUGCCGUAAUCCGAAUAAUAAAAAAAUAUUUAACUUUCACGAAUAACUAUACUGCUAAUAUAUUUGAAACACAGAGGUAGGUACUUUAUUAUUUAUAUUAUAACCUAAAACUGAAAUGAAACGUCGAAUAAAGUUAUGGAACAGUUAAACGGCACACAUUGGUCAGUUAAGUUAACUGUAGUUUAAACGGAGUUUUACUAGUGUUACGUCGUUCAGAAACACACUUUUGUCAGUUAUCGAACCAAUAGCUCUAUCGAAUAGAUAAACUGUGGUUAAAAGUACUUUAGAAACCGAGCAUGAGUGCAGUUUAGUCCAACGUAAGAUACAGGAUAGUUUUUAUUUCGAUUUGGGACCCAUAAUUAUUUUUAUUUCCAAUAUUUGUUUUGUAUGAACAUAUUUUCUAUGAGAUAAUUUAUUGCCGCACGUUUUGACAGUUCUGCCGUGAAACAAUUUCAAUAGAACAACAGGGAGCACAUUUUACGACAUAAUUUUUGACGUUAUGAAAUAUUAUUGACAAAUUCAUAAAACACAGUAUUUUAUUUAUUAACUAGUUGACCUGGCAAACGUUGUUUUUCUAUAUAAAUUUUAUAUGUAAACAUUCCUUGAGCUUCAAUGAAUCUAUUACAAAAGAUUUCAUUGAGAUCGGUCGAAUAGGUUAGGAGUUAUUAGGGAACAUACAAACAUAUAUUCUC